GCCCCCUCCGCCUGCCAUUGGAACUAGCUGAGCCGAACUAGUUGCGGCCACCGAGCAGCCGGCUCUCGGCACCUCCUCCUCCGCCUCCCUGUCUCCUGUUCCAUUCGCCUUUCCUCUUCUUUCCUGGCCCACGCCGCUCCGAGGCCUCGCGACCGCCGAGCCUGCAGCCUGCCCCGCGGCCAACAUGAGCUUCUUGUUGGCUUCGAGUACUCGUGGGCUCCUGCAGCCCUGAGGAGGUUCUUCCCCCCUGGCACACCCCGGGGCCAGCGCCUGGAUUCCUUCAUCACCCCCGUCUCUGCCUUCGCUCGCAUUCCCGGGCUUGUUUGCGCGCUUCUCGUGGGUAUCUCCCACUCGCCUGCACAAUCCGUAUCCAAGCGGUGCUCGGUUGAAUGGCUCCGUCGCGGCUGCCCAUUGCUCUUUUCUGGGUCCCAAGCACAGAAGAUAAGACUGUUGUACUUUCCCCCUGUCAUCCCAGGACCCUUUUAACUUCCUCUCUCGUCUUAGGGCUGGGAAGUUGGGAUGACAAGUUCUGUAGAUGUAACCCUGAAACAAAGCUACUUUCGGGUCGGGAUCCCUUGGACACAGACUGGGGUCCCCGAGAAAGGGGUCUGGAGCCGCCCCCUUGCUUCCUAGAGGCGCCCUUCCUCCCAGAGGACUUCCCUGAAGAGGACGAGUUUUAUCUUUUUAGACAACCAGCAAAUAGGUUUUGGAUAGUGUGCCCUGCCUAGGUUGAUUAGGUCCACUGGGGAGUUGUUUUGAAAAUCAUUUGUAAAUGCCAACUUUGGCGUCAUGUUUAGUGCUGGUCAUUAUUUCACUUACUUAUCGUUUGUUCCAGACGAGUGGAGGGGAACGUGGAGAGGGAAGGGCAGAAGGAUGGGAUGGCCAGAUGUGGAUAUGGAGGCAGUAGAUAAGCCUCAGGUCCUCUGAAAACAGGGGUUACACCAUGAGGAAUAACUCCUUUGAAGGCUUCGUUGUGAUGCACUCAUUCCAUGUUUAGUCUGUGUUUAGAAAACUAAUAAAAAACUUAGAAGUUGAAACUCACCCAUAUACUGUUUUACUGUUGUGGAGAAAUUAGCAUUUAAAGGAUAUUUUCUUAAGAUUUCUCUUCUUUCCUUGCCUAAUAAUUUUUAGUCAUUACAUUGACGUCUGAAUACUGAGAAUUUAAUUCACUCUUAUUUUCACAUGCUCACAUCUAGAAUUUUUUUUUUAGGGUGUUUAAGCAAAACUGAACAAGGCUGACCUAGGGGCAGACUUGAUAUUUCCAAUAUGCAUAGGGGACCUGGCUUGUGUCAACUUGCCUAAAACCUUUAAACGGAAAGGGAUUUCUUAGGCUCCUCCUAGAAGUUGAUUCUGAGUUUGUCGGAUUGGCAUAGGGCUAGAUGACAGGACUGGGUGAUUUUAUAAAAAAGUCCUUGUUUCUUAUUUUAGUUCUUCUUCUUCUUCUUUUUUUUUUUUUUUUUUUUUGAGACGGAGUCUCCGCUCUGUUACCAGGCUGGAGUGUGUAGUGGCGUGAUCUCGGCUCACUGCAACCUCUGCCUCCCGGGUUCAAGCGAUUCUCCUGCCUCAGCCUCCUGAGUAGCUGGGACUACAGGCCCGCGCCACCACGCCUGGCUAAUUUUUGUAUUUUUAAUAGAGAUGGGGGUUUCACCAUGUUGGCCAGGCUGGUCUCGAACUCCUGAUUUCAAGUGAUCUGCCUGCCUUGAUCUCCCAAAGUGCUGGGAUUACAGACGUGAGCCCACCGUGCCUGGGCAGUUUCUUGUUUUAGUUCUAAUCACCAUAUUCAGGUAUCUCAACUUGAAGCUUCUCAUCUUGAGCUUAAUUUUACAUUGCUAAUGUUUGAUUGUUUUCAAGAAUUUAGAAGCUGUAUUCAAAAUAGCACUGUAGAUGAUAUCCAUGACUACUGCUGAUGGGCUUGUGUCUAGUAAGCUAAAUUGGUUAAAGCAAGGCCGGUCGCGGUGGCUCACGCCUGUAAUCCCAGCACUUUGGGAGGCCAAGACAGGCAGAUCACCAGGUCAGGAGUUCGAGAUCAGCCUGGCCAAUAUGGUGAGACCCCGUCUCUACUAAAAAUACAAAAAUUAGCUGGGCAAGGUGGCACGCACCUGUAGUCCCAGCUACUUGGGAGGCUGAGACGGGAGUAUCACUUGAACCCGGGAGGUAGAGGUUGAAGUGAGACGAGAUCGCGCCACUGCACUCCAGCCUGGGUGACAGAGUGAGACUCUGUCUCAAAAAAAAAAAAAAAAAAAAGGUUAAAGCAGGGAAGAGCCAUAUUUGGCUGAAACUAGGGGAUGGAGAAGUUUCUGAUGCUAUUUUUUGAAUACAAAUACAGUAGAGUCCUAUUUUUACAUGGCUCAGUAUUUAAUAGAUUCAGAUUUGUGGUGGAUUAGUUUGUUUCUCCUGAAGGUUAGUAACUACAAAAGAAAUCUUGCUGUAACUAAUGUAUAUAGAACUUUAGAGCAUUUGCAGUAUUUGGGGCACAAUUUUUCAGUUAGGUUAUAUCUAUCUAGCAGUUGAUAUAUUCUCAACAUAUUUAGCCCAUGUGCUUGACAAUCAGAAAAGUUAAUUCAACAUUUUCAGUUUUGGUCUUUGUCUACCGUCAAUUAAAAAUCCAAAGUGAACACCACAUGGAAAUGAUUAUUAUUGGAAGUGAAAGAACAAAGCUUUGGUUAUUUCUUCUAUUUGUUAUUUGGUAUAACUGUCUGAAUACUGUUUCUUUUUUUUUUUUUUGGAGACAGGAUCUCACUCUGUCGACCAGGAUGGAGUGCAGUGGCAUGACCACAGCUAACUGUAGCUUUGACUUCCCAGGCUCAGGUGAUCCUUUCAUCUCAAACCCCCUCCCCGCUACAAGUAGCUGGUACUACAGUGGUAGUCGCUCUUCUAAAACUUUUAAACCAAAGAAGAACAUUCCAGAGGGUUCUCACCAGUAUGAGCUCUUAAAACACGCAGAAGCCACACUUGGCAGUGGCAACCUUCGGAUGGCUGUCAUGCUUCCUGAGGGGGAAGAUCUCAAUGAAUGGGUUGCAGUUAACACUGUGGAUUUCUUCAAUCAGAUCAACAUGCUUUAUGGAACUAUCACAGACUUCUGUACAGAAGAGAGUUGUCCAGUGAUGUCAGCUGGCCCAAAAUAUGAGUAUCAUUGGGCAGAUGGAACGAACAUAAAGAAACCUAUUAAGUGCUCUGCACCAAAGUAUAUUGAUUACUUGAUGACUUGGGUUCAGGACCAGUUGGAUGAUGAGACGUUAUUUCCAUCAAAAAUUGGUGUCCCGUUCCCAAAGAAUUUCAUGUCUGUGGCAAAAACUAUACUCAAACGCCUCUUUAGGGUUUAUGCUCACAUUUAUCAUCAGCAUUUUGACCCUGUGAUCCAGCUUCAGGAGGAAGCACAUCUAAAUACAUCUUUCAAGCACUUUAUUUUUUUUGUCCAGGAAUUCAACCUUAUUGAUAGAAGAGAACUUGCACCACUCCAAGAACUGAUUGAAAAACUCACCUCAAAAGACAGAUAAAAGGAUGCAGAGCUGUGCAGAUUGUUCCUCAAAUGAAGCAGUGUGGAGUGUAUUGGGGAUUUUGUUAUAUUUUGUUUUUAUCUGGAUUGUUUUUGUCCUAGGUUUGGGGGCGGGGGCUUGUUUGGGUUCCUUUUUCUUUAUUCUGAUUAUGUGAAACCAUAUUCUAUUGCUAGGGGAAGCCAAGAACCAUUCUCUAUACACUUGAUAAGGGUAAAUUUAUCUUAGUGUUUUCAAACUUGGUUUUGGUUACUUGAGGAGUUUUUUAAUAAUAUUGUGUGCUGCAAGAAAGUGCUUGUUGAUUGAACUGCUGAUGGAUUGGUUUCUGUGUGGUAUAAAUUGUGGCCCAUUUUUGAAGUCCCCAAAAGAGUUAUGUUUUUAAGUGCCUUGGCAGGCUCACUUCUGAGGUGCAAAACAUAGAUAUAGAACUGAACAGGGCUUGAAACAAUAUUAGGAUUACUACCCAGGGCACUUACUGGUGCAUGUUGUAAAAUAUCUAUGAUAAAAGCCAUAGUUUACCUAAAAUGGUGAUUUCCAGCCUUUACUGCUUUGAAGAAACAGAAUUUGUAAAGGUAUGCAUGUAGAACAUAAAAAAUAUUUCUUAAUUAUUUUUUAUAUUGAUGGUAAUAUAUUACAUUCAACAAUGCUUAAAGCUCUACAAGCAGGUCUUUUCCCACCUCUUGAUAUCUGUGAUACUGAAACUUGAGGAUGUUGAAAUGUAUUACAUUUUGGCUUCUUUCUACAUGUUAACUGCACUGUAGAUGUAAAAAUUCAGGUUAUAUAUAGGAUUGCCAUCUUCAGAGGUGAUGCUGAACUGUGAGGUUUCCUAGUAAUUGCCAAAUGAGCCGUAAGUCUGCAGAAUUCCCUUCUACUUUGAAGAGGAGGGGAUAGGAAUGUGUAUUUGGCUGGGGGCAUGGAGAUGUUCGUAUGUAUGAGGAGUUAGGGAUGGGGAGUCAAGUUCUAGAAAGUUUUGUCUGAAAACCUUUGAAUAGAAUGGCAUGAAGAUUUUAAUCAAUUACUUAUAAACAAAGUCUUAGAGACUUCCUUUUAGGAAUCAACUUCCAUGAGAAGUUAAAAAUAAAUUAUUAAUUUUAGGUACAGACAUUAAACAUGGAAUUUAAGGACUGUUGGGGGAAAUUGAUCACUUCUUAGCAUUUCCAUUCAGUGAAUGGAGCUGAUGUUUGCCUGUCAUUUUAAGAUGAUACCAUACCUUCUUUGGUUAUUAUAGGUCCAGUUUGAAGCAUUCUGACUUCUGGUUUUUCCACCAUGAAAGGAAAUGUUUUUCUUUGCAGCAGUAUUAGAUAAUGAAAAAUGCUAAUUCAGUAGUUAUUAACUUCUAAAUUUUAUUCGCCAUGACUUUCUAGUGAAUUAUUACCAUAAAUAACAAUUUCAGAAACUUAGUUUUUAGAAUAAAUAUUAAUUUUUCCACUUCAGUUUUAUUCUAGAAAAUACCCUUUUUAGAAAUCCAGUUUUAGUUUUGUCAUUUUCGAUAAAUCUUUCUUCAGUUAGAAAUAUAUAUCCUUCCUUCAGUUGAAACAUACACCUUUUUCACAUCUAGGAAGAAAUGCUUGCUCUGAAAUAGUAUAGAUUAAAAACACUCAGUAGAAAAGAAUCUAAAAUUAAAUGAAUUUGUUUUGCCAUUAAAGUAGAGCAGUGAUACAAUUUAAUGCCAUUACAAUUAUGUUGACUAGAAACUGCCUUUUUCUCCACUUCAUUUCUAGCAAUUAUUUACCAAGUACCAACAGUAGAAGUAACAGGAAAGCCUGGCAGAGUUAAAUAUCUUGGACAUUUAUUGGUAAAGCUUAUUUAUAAACUGCAGUCAGAGCUAGUUAAUUUCCUUAAAUCUUUUUGUAUUCAGAUAGAUAAUAUGAAUCAUUAUGGGUGGAUUCAGAAAUAAAAUUUGUGAGGUGAUUUUGAAUCUUGUCUAUAUAGGAAAAUGAAGCACAGAAUUACUCAGUCUUCCAUAUUGUAUUUGACUUCAUAUCAAUCUAGUAAAAAAGGAGUUGCAAUAGCCAAGUAUAGAGAGAAUAGUGAAAAAUUAAUCUUGCCCUUUCAAGCCUUAUACAGUAGUACACUGUACUUGUUUUUAGUAGUAAGACCUACUUUCCCACUAUAUGUAGAUAGUUUGUUUUCACUGUGCCAGAAUCUCAGGUGCCUGCUUAGAGUAUUUCUUUAAUCACAGUCACUGGGAAGUAAGGAGAUGUAUAUAUGUGUAUAUAUGGUAACAAAGCAUAGCAGUUCUCUAGGGGAGAGGCCUGGCAUUGCACAUGGUGUUACAUGGCUACAAGUAAGGAAAAAAUCAGAAAGUGAAAGAACUGAUGUAAUAAAAGGUUGAUUUGAUUUGGUUGGUUCCCAUGAAAGUUAGUAAGAUGCCCUUUUAAAUAUAAGGAUCAGUGCUUUGUUCUGCAGCAGAGUUUGCUGAUAAAUGUCUGUUGGAUUCUUUUUGGAUUUCUUUAAUUAAUUUGUAAGUAACCAAGAUAAUUAUUUUCCCCCUUGCUCUCUAUAUUAAUACGUAGCUAUAAAGCAACAGUUGGUUUUCUUAUCCUUUGAUAAAAGCAUCCCAUAAAAUAUAAAGUAGUAAGUUAACAUAGUAUUAUUGUCACACACAAUGCUUUUUUUGGUUAAAUGUUGAUAUGAAGCAAUGUUUUGGAAUUACUUUAAUUGAGGAGUAGUGGUGGUAGAGAGAAAUUAAUAACAAAAAGAGUGAAAAUAUUUUAAUUAGCAGUAGAUGGUGCUACUGGCUUUCAUUUGCUGACUUGAUUAUUCCCUUUCUCUUAAAAACCAUGGCAUUAGACUGCACUAAAAUAACAAGCAUGUUAGUUGCUGGUAGAGGUUUUGGAGGUUAAUUUACCUUAAAUUGGAAGACUUUUAAUUGCAGUCUCUUUCUACCUUCCCUCUGUUAGUCAUUUGUAAAUUCUAAAUGGUCACCAUAAAAUGUAUUAGGUAGGAGAAGAUACGUUUUAUGUAUAAUAUAUCUCAGACUGAGUUACUGCCUGUCUUAUCAGGAUGGAUAAAACACUACAAUCUCUUAUCAGGAAAUAGAGAUGAUGUGGAUAUUUAUAUAUUACAUAUAUAACCACCAGACUCCAUUUUAUAUAUUAGCAUUUUCCUUGCUUAUGGGAAAAUAGCAAAACAACAUUUCAUUUAUACUUUUGUUUACCCCUCUCUGAGACAGGUUUUGAUAACCACUGAAAUGGUAGAAUAUGUGAGAUACAAAUAUUGAGUUGUAGAACUUUCUUUUUAAGGUGAAUAAGUCAUGCCUUAACAUCCAAAUAAGAGUUCAUCUUCAGAGUGGUUCUUCUGGGAGCACUGUUUAUUCCAGCUAUACUGCAAAAGUAUAAUGUUUUUGGAACUGUUCUAGAGCAUGCCAUGAAAAGCAGUUUGUUAUUAUGCAGGAAAAUCAGUUUCAUCAUUUUAGUUACACUAAACACUUUUGGCAGCUUAAUAUGACCUUUUUAAAUUUUUUUUAUUUUUUUUAUUUUUAUUUCUUUAAGAUGGAGUCUUGCUCUGUUGCCCGGGCUGGAGUACAAUGGCAUGAUCUCAGCUCACUGCAACCUCCACCUCCUGGGUUCAAGCAUUUCUCCUGCCUCAGCCUCCCAAGUAGCUGGGAUUACAGGCAGCACCACACCUGGCUAAUUUUCGUAUUUUUAGUAGAGAUGGGGUUUCAACAUAUUGGCCAGGCUGGUCUCAAACUCCUGACCUCAAGUGAUCCGCCCUCCCCAGCCUCCCAAAGUGCUGGGAUUACAGGUGUGAGCCACCACAGCCAGCCAGUAUGACCUAUCUUAAUCAUCAGCUCAACUGUAAUUUAAAUUUGGCUGUUCUCUGGAGCUAAACCAUUAGGGAAGUUCAAAGGAAAGUGCCAUGAUUUCCGAAUUUGCACAAGAGAAUGUUUUAAGCAUUGGUAGCAUCAUUGAAUAAAAGAAUAGUUUCCUGAUGUCACUAUUUUGAAGUGGAAAAUAUCACUUGGAUGUGGAGGUUUUACUUUUUAAAAACAUUCAGCUUAAUUACCUUACCUUAAUUACCUUAGUUAGAUAUACUAAUGGAAAAAAACCAAGUCCUUUCUCUAGAACUUGUUUUCUAUUUUUGUUCCUUUUCAUGAAAACUUCUCAAUUUAAUUUUAACUACUGUAGGAUAGUAUUGAUUGAAUGGAUACUAUGGAAAAGUGGAUCCAAUAUUUAAGAUAGAAGUAGUUUAAGGAGACAACAGCCUUUACUGCCAUUUUUUUUUAAAUGUUUUCACUCAGAUGAACAAUUUGACUUUAAUAAAAGACUGGAGAUUUUUGUACAAAGAAAUAGGAAUAAGUUUCAUAUACUAAUUAUGCUGAGUUUUAAGCCUACAUAUCACAAAAUAUUUAGAAUUGUAUAACCUUUUCAUAUAUUUAUAACUUUUAAUGUCUUUUUAAAAGAUGUGGGACCAAAAAUAUAUUUAUAAUUUGGAAAUGUGACUGCAUACCAAUAAGAAAACUUACCUUAUUUUGAAAUUUAUCUGGGAUAUUAAAGAAUCUACCAAUUCUUAAAAACACAGAUUUAUACUUUAAGCUUAUUUUGAAAUUAAAGAAUAUAUACCAAUUCUUAGAAACACUUUAAGGACUACUCUUAAAUAACUUAAAUAUCAGAGUUUUGUUGUAAUAUUAAAAGUUACCGUGGAAAUCACUGUUGUUCAGCUAUCACCUUAAUUGUGUAUGAUAUGAUAAAUGUUUAGCAGUAAAGCUAUCUUAAGAUUUAAUGGAAAAGUUUAAUUUGAAGAUGUAACAAAACUUGUGACCACAGAUGAUUCUGAAUUUUUAAGGCUUUCCUAAUAGGCUGAUCACAGAGAAUAAUCCAUUUUGAAGGUAUAAAACUGCACUAUAUGUCUGUCACUUGUAGCUGAACUGAUUCACAUUUUGACAAAAGAGAGAAAAUACAAAAAUGAGUUUUGCAAAUGUAAUAACUUUUUCUGCAUAUAGAACUAAAUAAUUGAAAAAUAUGGGCUAUAGUUCUCAAAGGUGGAUAGUAAAAUCACUGGCUUUUUCCAGCUGUAUGUUUUUCCACUGUGCGUGUACACACACACUGGAAAAUAAUUAGGCUGAUUUUGCAGGUCUUCAUUGUUAGAGAUUCUGAAGUAUUUACUGUCAAUUCAUAGGUUUCAGUUUAUUUAGGAAAUUAGCGUUUGACAGCUUUCUUUAAAUUAUUUCACUGAAGCUGAGAUUAUUAGUGAUACAAAGUUAAAAUUUCAAUAUUUAAUUUAUAUAUUAAUAUUAAAUUGUUUUUUACUUGUAAAUUCAUGUUCUCAUCUGAUUUAAUAUUAAAUUGGUAUAGGUGGGCGUUUCUUACCAUUUUGCACAAGUUUUUGUUUUUCUGAAAUACUUAAUUGUGCAGGUUGUAAAAAAGAUUAGUGCAUUUUCAUUUUAAGGAUGCUUUGCUCCUUAAAUUGUUCGACAGAAAUGACUUUUUAGGGAAAGUAGUUUUUUUGGAGCUACUAACUUGUAUUUAUUAUUGUACAUGCAUAACCAGGGUGGUGAGGGCACUAAUCUUGUAGGAAACACUUACUUGAUGUUUUAUUUGAACUUUUCCUAUAGGUUUAACUUUUACUGCAUAGAAUUACCACUAGGAACAGUGUCAUGAAAUCUGGGUUGAAAGAGAAUACAGUAUAUAUGAGAACACUUAAAGUUCAAAUAGAAAUCAUUUCUGAAGACAAAAGCAGAGGAAUAUUGUCAGUGCCAAGUAAUGGAAGAAUAAGGGCGGCAUUUACACUGUGCAAGUAUUGAGAAGAGUGCAUAAAGACAGGGAACUACUCUCAUGGAGACAGUUUCUCUCUUAUAAUCAAGUAACUAGAAGGGGAAAAAUCAUCUAAGUUAUGAAAUCCAACAUAGGCGCUAUAUUACAAACUGUGCCAGAUUAUGCAAAUUGUAGUUGUUACUGAUCAAAGUUUAAUUGCUUCAUUUAUGUUUAAAAAGGGAUACUGAUGUCAGAAAAUCUGUAAUAUGUUUUAUUCAAAAGAUGUAAAUAAUGUAUACAGACUUGUAUGUGAUGGGAUGGGAAAUAUUUAAAUUCUAGGUGUUUGUUUUUUUUUAAAAGAAGAAACUCAAUGUUUAUAAGAAAAAAAUGAAUAAAUAGUUACAUUUGGCCAUGAA